UGCAGAAAGUCAUCAGUAUAGCAAAGGAGGAGUAGGAGUGUGCUAUACAGCUCGUAGCUCGUGCGCCUAGCGUAGCGAUCUAUGGACUCACAACUCAAUUCUAAAAAGCGAAAGCUAGAAGAUUUUCAAAUAAACAAAAAAAUGAAAAGGGAGGAAGAAUCAAGGGAUAAAAAUCUGACCAAGGAAAUAAAAGCAAGAGAAAGCAAUGCACUUGGCUUCACAGCAAUGUGUUUUGCUGCCCUUCGUUCUCUUCAUCGAAAGUUGAAGGAAACCUUCAUUGCAUCUGCCUGGGCAAAGACUGAGAAAUCAGUUAAAAAUGAGGCCCCUCAAAGAAAGAGAAAGGCAGAGGAAGAAGAAUAUCUCCCAAACAAGAAAAAGAGAGAAGGAGAAAAUCCAAAGGCUGAAGCCAAACGUGGUGCCCUGAGCCCACCGGGAACAAGCGGCGUCAUUGCAAGCGCUGCUGUGCGAGGUCCGGAGAACAUGAAAUCCUUCGUUCCUUUCCCAACCCAGGGUGUAAAGCGCCCUAGGGCAAAGGAACCUACAGAAGGAACGGUUAAAAGACUCCGAGGGGAAAACCAGGAGAUUGAUGAACCAAAACUACAACCUGCGCCAAGUGCAAGCGCCCUUCCUGUAGGUCCCACCGGGUUACUUAACAGCUUCAUAUUCUAUAAGAUACUCGGCAAAGGAGGCUUUGGGAAGGUGCUGCUGGCACGAGAGUUGGACACCAAACAGCUGGUCGCAGUGAAGGUGGUAAAGAAGAACAUACUACGGAAUUCUGUGGCUAGCAUCAUGAUUGAGAAGGAAAUAUUAGAAGCUGCCAUGGACUGUAACUUCCUCACAGAAGCAUUUGCUACUUUUCAAACUGAGGACAACAUCUAUUUCGUGAUGGACUAUUUAUCAGGUGGCUCCUUAUAUGACUUUUAUCAGCGGAACAAACCCCUUAAUAUCAAUACCAUUCGGUUUCUGGCAGCUGAAAUGAUUUGCGGACUUAAGUCGCUGCAUUCCAUGGGAUAUAUCCAUCGGGACCUGAAACUAGAAAAUGUUCUGCUAGACAGCAGGGGUCAUGCCAAGAUAGCCGAUUUCGGCCUGGCUGCACACAUGAUUAAUGGUAAAGCCAAGGGCUGCGUUGGAACCCGCGGCUACGUGGCUCCUGAGGUUCUCUGUAGGGAUAAGUAUGAUUACACUGUGGAUUAUUACUCACUUGGUGUAAUUCUAUUUCGGAUGGCCACCGGGCUGAAACUGGAACAGGAGCCUACACCGGAGUCUAAAGCUCAAAUACAUUCCAUGAGCCCCGAACUCCGGGACUUUAUCCUGAAGCUUGUGUGUGAUAAUCCUGAGGAAAGGAUGAGAUUCGUCUGCUCCAUAAAGGACCAUCCUUUUCUGGGGCCCAUUGACUGGGAGGCCCUGGAAAAUAGAAAACUUAAACCACCUUAUAUUAUGCCUCAACCUAAAAAAUUAGGUGAAUCUGUGCCCUAUGGGACACUAAUGCAAUCCAAAGGCGAGAAGAUCCCCCUCACCACUAGCCAACAGGAACUAUUCCGAGGCAUACCAUUUGUCAGAAAUUGCAACACCUGACUCGUGUUUUAGAUGAAUGUAGAGAUGUUUCUGGAUAGCUGAGCAGAACCAGUGCCUAAUCUAUAGUUCCGGAGGAGCUAUAUAGCAGGUGAGUGGAUAGAACUGUGAGAGUUUGCUGCUAUAUUUACAAACAAAUGUUCUAACCCUGAAAAACUGCUUAUUUAAUGUGCAUUUUAUUUUAUGUAGGAAUUUGUCUUGUCGCAAUGAGACUGCCAUCCUGACUGUUGCAAAAUGGUUCAAAAUGGAUCAACGUCAUGGACAUGGGCUAGAACUAUGGACCUAAGAUAACCAAAAGCAACAGUAACGUCUGAAUGGGGGUCCCUAUACCACCAACCCCUCAACCCAAAAGGAGAUGUUUCACUGAAAAUGAUGCCCAGAAUCCAUUCCUAGAUUAUUGGGGAAGGUGUGGGGGUUUUUGUUUUACUGUCUGUUUACUGUUAAUAUUUCAAUAAAAUAUUAAAUAUAA